AUGGCUGAUAAGCAGCGAUAUCCUUAUGAUCAAGAACAUUGGUGGCGUGACUUUUUGCCUAAUCAAGUACACAGACCAUUCGAUAUCUUAUCUUCUUUACCAAAACAGCAACAGCAACCACAACUAAUAGCAACAAAACCAGAGAAGAAGAAGACGAAGAAGAAGAAGAAAAGUCGUGGCAAUCGAGCCGAACAAAAUUUUCAGCGAAGAUUGCGCAAUCCAAAUUUGAAUGAUGAAACCAGGGCAUUCUUAAUACAAGCAACAGCAGAAAGAAAACGGGAACAACAACAAAGUGUUCCUAAUACUAUAAUAGAAGUAAACAAAAUUAAUCAUCAAAUCAGUCAAAUGGCAGAGGAUACACAAAUGAUGAUUCCAUUCGAUGAGAUCAUUGCUAAGUCUAAUUCGACGAAACGCAAACGCUAUACAUCAACUAAAAUUGAUAGACAUCUCAGUCAAUCUUUCAGUCGAUUGUCGAUUUCACAAGGAUAUUCCAAGAAAAAGAAGAUUAAAAAUAUUCAAACCAACAAUAUUGCGUUACAAAUGAUCGACGAUCUGAAUGAUCAAGCAAAAUUAUCAGCUCCAAUGUUAAGGUCUACUUUUGUACCUCAAUAUUUAACAGUAUCCGAUCGGAAAUUUAAAGAUAUGUUAUUAAACGUAGUCCCUGAUGGCCAUAAAAUUUAUGAACGGUUAGAUAGUGCCGAAAAGUUAAAAUCAACACGUCAAUUAGCUCAUACCUUUAAUAUGAUGUAUUAUUUUAAAUUACAACAAGAAUUAUGGAAAGAUUAUUUCGAUUUGAGUGUGACUGCGGGUAUUUGGGCUCCACGAGUACUGAAAUCGGAAGCAAAGCAACAUUAUACUUGUGUAUCCUAUGGUCGAUCUGAGAAACUUGUUGAACAACGUCAAAAAACUAUUCAACAUCAAAUGAAUCGAACAAAUCAUGAGCUACAACAACAAUUGAUUUAUCUACCAGAAUGGACUGAAAAUGUUCAGCCAUUCAUCGAUUCAAAAUUUCUCUCAUCAGCUGUGGAAGCAAUGGUUAAACAUGGUCAAUAUCGUUUAAAUAUGGAAUUCAAACAUAAACGUGCAAUGUUAAAAUUGGAUGCUGAUGAUCAUCGUUUCAUUUCAGCCGUAUAUGCAUUGGAACCGACUGAAAAACAGAUUGUACUGAUCAAAAUGUAUUGGCAAGCUAUAGCUAAUGAACAGAAAGCACUGGAAGAAGUGGAAAUUCUUCGAAAACGAGUGUCAUUAAGACGACUUCCUCAAUCAUUUGAUAAAAUUCUUAAUGAAUCCAUUGCUGCUAUUCAAACAAUGCUUUCACAUGCUAUUCUACAUAAAGAUCGACGU